AUAUACAUUGUCAGUUCUAAUUUAGCCGCGGAAAUGGUUUUUACAAAACACAGUUUUGUGUGUUUUCUGAUGUUGUGUAGACCACAUCAAGCAGAGCUUGUGACAACUGAGGACAGUCAAAAUUCUAUUUGGAGGCAGCAGGACGUAGUUUUGUCUUCCAUCUGGAGAAACCAGGACAACUUGUAUUCUUGGCAGAUGGAGGACGCAGUACACAAAGAAGGAGAGGACGCUUUGAAAAGGAUUAGGAGGACAGAGGUCGGAUUAAAUGAGUUGGAAACCUCGAAUGAAAUUAUAAAUAUUGGUAACUGCUCCGAUCCUCCAUACUGUAGUUUACAAGGAAAGAGAUGUUUAAGAAAUCCGUACAAGAGCACAGCAGACAUUGAAGAAUGUAUGUACAGAGUAUACUUUAUACUAGCGCAGUUUUGUAAGUGUCAGUACAGUUUUAAGUCGGAUAUAAGAGAAAGAAAUUGGAAGCCUAGGCGUGGGAUAAGGUUAAUAUUUCCCAGACUAACAACAGCCAGAGAGAGUUCAACAACAUUAUCAACAUCAACAUCAACUACACCGAUUUCAACUCCCACUUCAACAACUGAAACAACAGUAUCCCAAUUCUACGAAGAAACAACAGUUUCCCUGCCUGAAGCGGUUUCUGAUCAAAUAGAUGAAACUACAGAGCAUACAGAGAAUACAGAUAAUACAGAGAAUACAGAGAAUACAGGAAUAGAAGAUAUAGGUGAAGAAACAGUUAAUAAUGAUGAAGAUAAAGACGAAGAGGAGACCAGGGAAGAUCAAACUGAAGCGAAAGCAAAUUAGAUAUUUAUAUAUAUAUAUAUAUAUACUUUGCUUGUCUGUUUGUAUCCAAUAAAGUAAAAACGGCUAACCCAAUUUUUUUCGUUGCACCUCACAUGACCCCAAGGAAAUGUUAUGGCUGGUUGAGAUGGAAAAUAAUGUCGACAUUUAUCAAUGUUGAAAAUGCACUAAUUUUAACAGAAAAAUCUCCGCAAAUUUAAAAACGAUUAAAAAUGCUAAAUUUUAUUGCUAAUAUUUUAAGUAGAAAGGGGCGUAAAGUUAAGGGAUUAAGUAUUUAAUAUUUACCCCUCAAACUCAAAAGUGCCCAAAUUAGAUAUUUGUUGCAAUAUUUUUCUGAAUUGAAUUCAUUUUUACGUUUUAUUUUCAUUCAUUAAAAUAUUUUUUUUUUUGACAAAAUAUC